AUGCUCGCAUUUGCUCUCGCAAGCCUGUUCAUAGCUGGCGGCUUGGUGUCAGCGCAUGGGCCAGGUCACGAUCAUGCCCGUGAAAGAGCCGAGCGUCGACAAUUUCUUGAUAUACACACCAAUUCUCUAGGCCACUGCUCAAACAAGCAUGUUGCUGAAGGUCUUUAUCAGCGUGCGAUCCAGAGGCGCGAGCUUCGAGCUCGCUCGUUGAUGGCGCCGUCGUCUCUCCGUGCCCUAAAAGCAAGGCAAACUUCGUCACUUGGAAAACCACACAAGUCUGACAAAGACUUUGACGCUUCCACUGACCCCAAGGAGGUGUUUGCGGGGAAUAACUCUUGCGUUCUGAAUCCCGAAACAACCGAAGGCCCCUUUUUCGUUCUUGGUCAAGAUGUUCGGAGCGAACUCGUCGAUGGGCAACAAGGAGUUCCACUCCAUCUCGACAUUCAGCUUAUCGACGUUGACACGUGCGAGCCGAUAGAAGGCUCGUUCAUUGAAAUGUGGAAUGCCAAUUCGACCGGAGUCUAUUCCGGAGCUCUCGCCACUGUGAACGGUAUCGGCAUGUCCGAUUUGGCCAACCUCAACCGAAGCUUCCUCAGGGGGUCGCAAAAGACAGACGAAGAUGGCGUGGCCCAGUUUCAAACCAUUUUCCCGGGUCACUAUGAGGGACGCGCACCGCAUAUUCACGUCAUCAGUCAUCUCAAUGCCACGGCUCGGGCAAACAACACUCUCUGGGAUUCCCGUGUCACACACGUUGGCCAGGUAUUCUUUGAUCAGGAUCUCGUCAACAGUGUCAAGCAGGUUGCGCCGUAUUCCACGAACCGACAGAAUCUGAUGCAGAACGCUGCAGACAAUAUUCUACUGCAGGAGGCUGCAACCUCUGAUCCCUUUUUUCACUAUGUGCUGUUAGGAGAGGAUCUGCAAAAGGACGGCAUAUUUGCAUGGUUCAGCUUCGGUGUGAACACCACCUUUACCCGCGACAUCAUGGCUGCGGCGAUGAGGUUCAAGGACGGCGGCAAAAUGGUAACUACCAACCCGAAGAUUCCAGGCUUGGACAGGAUUUUCCCGGGUGGCUUUCCAACAGCAUACAACCCCGGGUUCGGAGGGCCUCCCCCAUCAGCUCCGACCGGGACCGGCCAGUAA